AUGCACGUCGAGCAGUUGCGCUCGAAGAAGUCGGAAGCACAAAGUCGUUUGCUGUCGAGAAAGCGCAAACUGUCCGAACUGUUCUCAAUCACCGCGUACCCUCUAACCACCGACGACCCGACCUACAAACAGAAGCUUCAAGCUUUCCAGGAUGCAAACAGUCUCGAAAGUGGCCGUCUGUUCGACGAAUCUACCCUACCGGCUCGAUCACAUAUAACCUUACAACCACGCAAAUCCCAGCCCUCACAAUCACCUGUUACUUCAUUACCACCGCAGCAAUCAUCGCACCCACCAGUACCUGCAUUGGAGACGGACGCGGCGUCCUCCCAACCACCAACCCAUGCAAUCAAGUCGGUCUCACCAGAAUCCAAUGCAGUCGUUGAGCAGCGAAUCAAUGGGGUCGAACAACAGGCUGGUGAUCGUAUACUAGGGGGAACCAAGGAGAAGCCAGAUCAGCCGGGAUCUUCUAUCAGUGAUCUAGAGACGCGAGAGGGCGAUCUCAAUAUCAUCUCAAAAUCCGAAGGCCCUCGUCGCGCGACUUCACCAGCAUCUCCAGCUCCCCCAGCAAAGCAUGCCGAAAAGCUCACGACGGUGCGUAUAGAACCAGAGGUAGAGGCGCCUACGGCGACAGACUCUGUGGCUCCACUCUCUACUGGUCUCGGAGAUGAGGUGAAGCAGGCUACGCCUGCACUCGCAUCUGUCUCUGUGCCCGUCGAAACCCAGUCCUCCCCGUCAUCUACAAACGGACGCGAGUCGGCAAAUACGCCUGCGCCCACGGCCGGCUCUCCAGCAACGAGUCCUGGCGUCGAUGCAGCCGUGAGCACACCUAUAACGUCUCAGCAGAACAAGCGCGUGCAUGAUAGCCUGGCCAGCUCAGAACACCCACCAACCGCGGCGACUGCAGCAGGUCAACUCAACAAGCAUGCGGUUCAGCCGCCUCCUGACGUUGAGAUGACGGGGACCCAAGACGUGGACUCUGUGACGGCCACUUCGGAUCUCAAGAAACAGUCGGCGGAGGCCAACCAAACCACAGUCCCUGAAAAGCCAAGCAUGCGGAUCGAGACGCAAACUGAUACGGACUCGUACUUCAAACAGCAUCCCAGCGGCGCCAUGGUCGAAAGUCCAGCUCCAUUAACAGCUGCUGCUACACCGAAAAGGAAUGUCUCAACGACGCCCUCUACACAGGAGCCUGCAAAGCGCGCAACCAGGAUUUCUUCGGGUGUUUUGCAGAAGAAGUCAGUCUCAGAAAUCCUCGGCGAGACCCCAAAAGUGGUUACUCCCCUGGCGGAAUCUCCUUCUUCUACGCCUAAUCACGAAUCAUUCGCGACAUCCCACAAGCGGGCUGGAGAUCAGGAUAGGCGUGAUAGAGAGCGCAGCAGGUUGUCAACCGUUGUUUUUGCCAAACCGCAGAAAACAGCUACCGAUGAAGAGACAGUGGAAGUUGCUCGGAUGGACGAUCGUGAAGCACAGCGGACAAAACCCGGACACAGAGAUUAUCUAUACACUCUGUUUGAGAACAAGGCGCAUUCCAUGUCCCGGCAGACGUCGAUGUCAUAUCUCAUCCAGAAUGCCCACAAGACAUUGUCGACCUCAGAUCAUCUCGUUGAGUAUGAACUCUCUGCCCAGUGCCGGAUAUUGAAACGUCUGUAUCAGCUGCAGGAGAAGGGUCGUUGGCCACUGAGACAGUACAAGCGUGCGGACGAACCACCGAGGCCGACAUCUCACUGGGAUUUUCUGUUAGAUCAUUUGAAAUGGAUGCGUACUGACUUUAGGGAGGAGCGCAAGUGGAAGCUCGCUGCUGCUAGCAGCGUUGCAGAGUGGUGUGCAGAAUGGGUUGCGGGCUCCCCGGAAGAUCGAAAACGCCUGCAAGUUCGGGUUCGGCCUACGAAACAUCUACCGAAGCCUACUGAGCCUCAGGAUGCGAGCAUGGAUGAUGGACCUGGGCCGGGUCUAUCGUCACACCCCACGCCGGAGCUGAUGCCUUCGAACGAAGAUGAUUCGAUGAGUGAUGACAUUGCAGAUCCUCGCGAUAUACAGAUAUCGAGCGCCCCGGCUGCCAUCUUCUCACUUGGUGCUUCAGAUUUCAGCUUCGCUGUUGACAAGACACCCGCGCUCGAUAAACUUCUGAACGAGCUACCUCUCUACCAACCCGCUGCAAUUGAACCGGAUCUUUCCAAGUCCAAUCUGGCGGAACGACUGGAUUCAAGAUGGAAGACUGACAUUGUACAUGUUUCCAAAUGGGCUACGGAGAAGUUGCCAGUGAAAGACCAUGCACCUCGCACGAAGCGCAGCCGGUACGAGUACGAGCUGGAGCCCGCGUCCAAGCAGAAAUCAGCGCCCCUUCCCCCUGAGGAGACAAAUGUGGCCUUGUUUAUGCCUGAGAACAAGCACAUUCGUGACAGAAUACACCCUGGACACUCUUUCCGGCCACCGUCAGAACAUCCUAUGCCCACGCAGGCUUUCUUCGAGACCAGGUCUUCAUCACAGUGGACCCCCGCAGAAGAUGAUGAACUCAGAAAGCUUGUCAAAGACUAUUCCUAUAACUGGUCCCUCAUUUCCAGCUGCCUAACUCCUCGGAGCUCCUACACAUCGGGAGCGGACAGGAGGACGCCUUGGGAAUGCUUCGAGAGGUGGAUCGGACUGGAGGGCCUACCUGCGGACAUGUCCAAGACGGCUUAUUUCAAGACGUACUCUGGUCGGAUUGAAGCCGCAGGGAGGCAUGUUGCUGCUCAGAUCGAAGAAGCGCAACGCAGGGCAGGCGCUAAUGUCCAGAUCUCUGCGCGCAAGCGGACCACCCAGCCCAUCCGAGUUGAACGUAAAAGAACGCAACGUCAUCUUGCCAUGCUUGACGCGAUGCGGAAAUUGGCGAAGAAGAGGGAGACUGCGCUUCAGAAACAGCAACACCAGGCCGAUCUUGCUGCAAUGCGCAAGGUCAAUGACGCGAACGUGCCGAAGCCCGCGUACAAAACUCCUGCAGAGUUCUCUCAACUCAAACAGGAACGUGAGCAGAAGUUGGCGGAACGACAGGAGAUCUAUAGGCAACAGCUCAUUGCCCACCAACGUGCCACAGCACAACAACAACGGGGGCAGAAUGCUCAACCGAAUGGCAUGCCAAACGGCUUGCCUCCCGGUGCACCGGCAAUGCGUGGACCUCCCACUGCUGGAGGUAUGCCUGCAAUGCCUAAUGGAAAUCUUCAGCUUCCCAACGGACACCCUCGUCAUCCUGGCAUGAUGGCUAUGCAGGGUAACGUGCAAAUACCACCAGGCAUGGUUGGUCCCAAGGGUCUUACGCCGCAAAUGCAGGCACAGAUGCAGGCACAAAUGGCUGCUCGAGGCGCCGCUACUUCUCCACAACAGAUGCGCAUGCUGCAAGAGGCGAGUCGAGUUCAGCAAGAGCAGUUGAUGCGGCAAGCACAGCAAGCCCAGAAUGGGGCUCACUCGUCACCCAAUAACGCGCAUGCUGCGCUUGCUGUCGGCAAAGGAAUGAACAAUCCUGCAUACAUGUCGGCCAUGGCCAAUGCAAAUGGGAUCGGAUCUCCUUCGGGUCCUGUGCAUGGAAAUUCCGCCUCGCCACGUCCGGCUACUGCCAAUGCCGGCCAAGCUCUAUCCAGCGGCCACAUCCCUGUGCUCACUCAAAUAGCCAACAAGAUCCGAGAGCAUCAUCCCAACCUUUCGGAGGAGGAUAUACAGCGUCUAGCCUCGCAGCAGAUCACCUCCUACCAGCAACAAGCGACGGCGGCGGCGGCAGGACAAACUCAAAAGCGACCUCAGCCUCAUAACCAGGCCGCGUUAAACGCUGCGAUAGGUGCCGUGAAUGCCGGCAAUCACGCUUCGAAUGCGGCGGCGGCUGCGGCCGCUGCGGCUGCACAGUUUGGGCACCCUGGGAUGAUGACAAACGAGCAAGUUCAACAAUACAAUCAACGCAUGAGAAUGCAGCAAGCUCAGCAGCAUGCUGUGCGGGGGAUGCCAGGUCAGAUGCAGCCGGGUGUCAUGGGGCCAAUCCCUAACGGCAUGGCCAAUUCACCUGUCAUGAACAUGGCGAGACCCGUGAGUCAACAUGCAAAUCAGGGACAACCCAGCCGGAGUGCGACGCCCAGAGAACAGAGGAGCGGUAGUCAAAACAACGUCAACGGCACUGGACCUGGACCUGGACCUGGGCAGCAAAGUAGCCCUCGGCCAGCACAGCAAAGCAUGCAAACCCAGGCAUGA